AUGGGCGUGGAUUUGGCAGUGUACCGCGCACGGGUCGGGCAGUUUGUGCCUCGAAUUCCGAAUUGUCUUCUAACAAACUUUGAAUACCUCUGUAAAGCGAUCGCCAGUAUUCGAUGUGGCAUGACACAUGAUAAAAUGGACAGAAAGGGAGCUGUUACUUUUAUUGCUCUCCUUCUUCGUGCACAAGGAAUUGAACCGAACCCAGGACCAGGAAAUAGGGAUCAACAGCCCACUGAAAACGUAAUGACAGAAGAUGAUAUGAACAUCAACUCCACAAGUGACAGUAUAAUGAGUUCAGUACUGAACCAGGCUAUUGUGUCUGUACUGCAAAAUCCUACAGACACAAAGAGAAGUUCAAACAACGAGUAUGCAGGCGCAGUAGCUAGACCUGGCCCAUUCACUGGAGUAGUUUCACAAUCAAAUCUUUCACUUCAAGUGGUCAUCAAUCAACCAAAGCUUCAGGUUAAGAAUUUGAAAGUGAAGCACGCUGACUUUGUAAAUACUGGAGAACAGACUAUUAUCCAUACCGAAAUUGAUGACGAUGAGGAAAUCCCCAAACCGAAGAAGGCAAGACAGGAUGAAAUGGCAACGGAGAAUGCAAAUCGAAAAAGACCUGCGACUGAAGAAAAUACCAUUAAGGACAGUGACAACCUCAAACGAAGAAAGAAGGAUGAGGAAGUAAAUCAGAAGAGUGAUAAAAGAAAUACACUUGAAGAAAAUGCCGAGACAAUGUUAAAAAGACACAUUGAAGAAACAGCCAAUAUACUGGUCACGAGGACAGCAGCGGAAAAAGCAGUUGUCAAACGUAUAAAGGAUUACCAUAUGGUUGUCAUAUCUGGAGUAACGGGAGAAGGGAAGACAACUCUGGGUAGAGAAAUAUGUAAGAAGUUAAGAGACGGCAACCUUGAUGAAUCUAUCAAACGUAAGACACCCAUACUUAUCACAGUUCCACAGGACUGGAGUGACGUCGUCAAUGACAAAGAUGAUAUCGUAGUAUUUGUAGAUGACAUAUUUGGGAAAACCAACUACCAGACAGGGCUUUUGAAUGGAUGGUCACCAUUUUUUGAUAGAAUAUUACAAUGUUUACACAAGGGUAAUGUUUGUUUGGUAGUGACUUCUCGCACGCAUAUACUUAAAGAUGCCAGGCGAGAAUCAGGUGUAUUGAGCGAAAUGAUAAGUGACCAUAUUCUCUCUGAAAAGAAAACCGUAGAUUUGACUGUCGACCACAAAUUAACAUAUAACGAACGUUUAGAUAUCUACAAUAAGCAUUCUAAUCAACGACAGGCUGGCGGGCGCGUUAUGUCUACCAUGCCCCUUACAUAUCAUGAAAUUCGUCUCUUUCCGUCAAAUAUUUCUAUAGGUUUUGCUCAAAUUUGUAAUCUCUUCUUUACCAAUGACACAUUUUUUGAGAAAGGGGAAAAGUUUUUCGGAAAUCCUCUCCAAAUGCUCACGGAGGAGAUAGAGAGAAUGAGACUCACUGAACCUCACAAGUACUUUGCGCUAGUAUAUUGUUUCCUUAAUGACCAAACCCUAGAUAGCAGAAAGCUCAAUCGUCUAAAAAUGGAAAAAGAUGAUUAUGAGAAUUUGAAGGUAUUAGCAGAGGUUUGUGGCGUCAUACAUACUGGCAAUGUAUUGGCCAUGCUCAAAGACGGACUGAAUGCACUAGAUAGAACAUAUCUAACCAGACAAAAUACAGUGUUCACUUUUGGUCACCAAUCAAUUGCAGACAGCGUUAGUCUUGUCUUUGGAAAAGAAAACCCAGAAUUGAUUUUGGAAAAGUGUAGCAACCGUGUGAUAUUGGAACAGCUUGAUGUUGCGGGAGAUGAUGAAACAGAAUUAUGCACAUUGCAUGUUCCCGUUGAUUGUUUCGGACAUCUUUCAAAACGAAUAUACAGGAUGAUUAUGGAAGGGAAAGGUAGCAUAACAUUAGAAUCAUUCCCCAGAUUCCGUAACCAAGAGUUUGCGGAUUGUCUUUUCGAGUACAUUACCACAAAAGGUGAUAUCAGAAGUUUCCUCCUCGCUCAUUCUGUCAGCUUCUUAGAAAAAUGUUCAAGUAAUUCGUUCUUUUUAAGAGCAUUCUUUAAUUUCAACCUUGAUGAGUUUAUUGUUGAAGAAUACGGUAUUUUGGAGUUUGCAAAAUCACUACAGGGAACUCUAAAGACAUCUCUGAAACAUAGACGUUUGGAGUCUAUAUCCAUUCUGCUUGAAAAGGGGGCGAUUCUCACAGCCGAAUAUCUUGAAUUAGCAUUUAAAUCUGAAGAACUUAAAUUGGUAGAGCUUGUUUUGUCUAUGAACAUCUGGACAAAAUCAGAAAUCAAAGAGCAUAACAGCUACAAAAAUUCAAAGCAUCUUCGUGAAACGCUAAAAAACAGUGCAAAAAUGUGCGAAGUAAGAUUGAUACGUAGUCAGUAUUUGACACAGAAAUCAUACGCAAAUCCCUCAAGUAAUGCAAAAAGUCUGUGUAUUAAAGAUAUGGAAAUGGCUGCUCAAGAAAUGGACUUCAAUACGCUACAAAAAAUGUGUGAAUCCCCUCAAUUGAAGAAGCAUUGUUCUCAACUGAUUAAAGCAAUGCUGGACUCAAAACACAAGAGAUUACUUGAUGUCAUUGCAAUUAAAAGAAUAUUUGGACAAAUUGACGGGGAAGUAGUUCGACAUGCGUUACACAGCUGUGAUUUGGACAUGUUUCGUUUUCUGCUAUUCUCAUCAACUACCAAUGCAGCGCAGUUAAACUCUAUGCUCUCCGAAGCGAUUCAUCUUAACAAGUCGGAGCACAUAGAGGUUCUCGUUAAGGCAGGUGGGAAACCGUCUCAUGACGAGUUUGUAAGAAAAGCAGGAACAAACUGCACAGGAGUUGAGACUGUUGUUGAAACGAUAAUGCAAGCAACAAACUGGACACCUACACAGCUUGCGGAGACUCUUGAUGCAGCCGUAAGCUUCGGUGCGUAUACCACCAUUAAGGUCCUAUUGGAAGGUGGAGCUGAGUUUUCACAUGAUGCAUUAGUGAAUGUUUGUAAACGGCGGUAUGAUCCGCUGGUGGCGAAGAUAGAAAUGAUAGACAGAAAAACACCAGAAGAAAGAAAGAUAUUUCUUGAACCAUUGUUACAGUUUUUGAAAGGAAACACAACUGAUUUUGAAUCACUUACAUAUUGUAUCCCCAUUUCAGUUGAAUAUGUAUUUUCCAAUCAUGAAUGGUCAGAAGAGGAUAUGUCUAAAGCAAUCCAUGCUGCGUUGGAGUCAGGAUCUUUACACACUGUAUUGUUCCUGAGGCACAAGGGGGGUACACUCCAAAACGACGCAUUGUCAACCGCUGUAGGAAGGAAAUGUAACACACUAAAUGUUGUGAAGUUUGUAAGAAUGUGUAGAAAAUGGUCAGUUGACCAACUGAGCAAUGCAUUACAUCAGGCUUUGGUCCUUUGUAGGCCUGAUGUUGUUGAUUACUUACACACUGAGGGAGCAGAGUUCAAUACUUCUAGUCUUCAAAAUGUUCUUCAAUGGCAUGUUGAACAUCAUGUUCAGAUCAGAGUCAUAAAAUACAUUCUAGAAAAUCAUAAAUGGUCGCCAGAAAUGCAUCUUUGUGCCAUUCGUUUUGCAUCUGAUACAAACUCUCCUGCGAUCCAUCAAAUUCUUGAGGUUAUAAAAACCAAUUUACUUACUAGUGAUAUACUCCUUAAACUACAGGAGGUCAAAGGGCUAAAGGAAAAGUCAUUUAGAUUACUAAAAAGCAAAGGUAUGACAGAUGAGCUUACAAUAGUCUUGAAUAAGGAAAUUCAAGAAGGUGGCAUAGAUAUCGUUGAACACCUGACUCACGAGAUGAAUAUUCCAUGCGACAAUGACAGCUUAUCAAAUGCUAUGGAUAACACUCGGAACUACCAGAGCUACAACAGACUGAAAAUGGUCAGCCUAGUGCAGGAAUCAAGAGACUGGUCGGAUGACUUGCUGAUGAAGGCGUUGGACAAAGCUGUGAAACUGGGGUAUACUGAUGUGAUAUUCUACUUACAUGAUCACGGAGCCAUGUUCAGUGACCAAAGUCUAGAGUACGCCAUUGUUGAUAAAAAUAUGGCGUAUGAUACGUACGGUUUAGUGAUUUAUAUGAUGAAGUCCCGUCAGUACAAUAAACAGCAGAUGGACAAUGCCUUACAGAAGUCUUUAGAAGUUGGACAUUUUCAGCUCGUAUCCAUGUUUUAUGAAAGAGGAGCAGAAUUUACAGACAAAAGCCUACAGAACGCUAUUCAUAAAAUGUGGAAAACAACCGAAAGGCUUCCAGCAGUACAGUUUGUAUUGAGGGCAAGGGAGUGGGAUGCAAUUGAGAAGAACGACGCCCUGUUGAGCGCUGUAAGAUUAGGUGAUGUAAGAGUUAUUGGUUGUCUUCUCAGAUGUGGAGGAGAAGUUUCCAACCGAUGUUUGUCAGAAGUUCUACAUAAGAAAUGUAAACCAUCUCACCGCCUCUCUAUCAUCAGACUCCUUCUCUCUGGUUCCACUUCUUUGUUACAGAAACAUUUGGAAGAUGCCAUGAAGAUAGCCAGAUCAUUGUCAGAGUCCAAACUCGAGGAAUACAUCCAGAAGCAAAUUAUGAAACAUACUUAGUUAACUAAAAGGACAACUGAGAAAUAUGUCUUAUAAUAAGAUAUAUUUAAGUCUUUAUUGUUAAGAAGAGAAUACAAUAGAGUAACCGUACGUACCGAUGAUUCUGACAUUUCAGACUUUCCGAUGUUACUCUAAAAUGAAUAGGCGUUCCAGUACAUCUGGUUUUGCAUAAUAUCUUACACAAAAUAUACAGGAGAUCCUCAAGAUUGACCAUAUUGACUUAGAGAAAUAUAUAUGCAAAAAACAGAAACAUGACAUUACUUACUUCGGCUGACCAACCUUUAUCUGACUAGUGUCGUCGAUGAAGCAUAAGACGCUUACUCUCCCAGAAUGCCUGGUCUUACUACUCAAGUUCUUUUAGUAGUCUCCAUGUACAUCUUUCUUUUGUUUAUAUCUUGCCCUAGUUUUAUUGAAUGUGAGUUUUGAUUAUAAUUAUGUUCACGUUAGUAUUGUCUUGCUGAUUUUGUCCUGGUUUCUUAAAAUUUGAUUUUAAAUUGUCAUGUUUUUAACCAAUUUUAACAUGU